AACCCGCCGGAAAAAUGCACGAAAAGCUCCGGUUGUGUGCUGUGAGAGAAUGACAAGGGGAAAGGAAGAGAAAUAUCGGACGCGUGAAGGUCUGAUCUAAUGAAACAUGAGUGUAUGUCUGAGUAAAGGUCGAUUCGAGCAGUUAUGGUGCCACGCGCGCGUUUGAAAGAGGCGUUUGAUUUCUGGGUCUGAGUGAUUAUUUGAAUGACGUUAGGAGUUUCUUUGACAGGCCUUGGAUAAGUUAUCAGAGUCGUCUUCAGCAUCGGACAUCGUCAGAGGUUCAUUUUUUGAUCUCGCCCGUGUUUGUGUCUGUGACGUUGUGGACAUGAAGAGGGUUAAUAGUUUCCAGAGGUUUAUGAACAGCCGGGCGGCUGCCAACUGCCGUUACAAACCCACAUGUUAUGAGCACGCGGCCAACUGCUACACCCACGCCCUCUUGAUCGUCCCAGCGUUUGUGGGCAUGGCUCUGUUAUACCGGCUGUCCGAUGAUCGCUGGGAACGCAUCACGGCCUGGGUGUACGGCAUGGGUCUGAUCGGCCUGUUCCUCGUCUCCACCGUCUUUCACAUCAUCUCGUGGAAAAAGAGCCACAUGAGGAACAUGGAGCACUGCUUCCACAUGUGUGACCGAGUGGUUAUAUACUUCUUCAUCGCUGCCUCUUAUACGCCGUGGCUGAAUCUACGCGAGCUCGGCCCUCUCGCCGCUCACAUGAGAUGGUUCGUGUGGCUGAUGGCAGCCGCGGGAACAAUCUAUGUGUUUAACUAUCAUGAGCAGUAUAAAUUAGUGGAGUUGGCCUUCUAUCUGACCAUGGGUUUUUUCCCGGCUCUGGUGGUGACAUCAAUGAGCAACACAGAUGGAUUGUAUGAGCUGGCAUUCGGGGGUUUCGUCUACUGUCUGGGCGUCGUCUUUUUCAAAUCGGACGGCGUGAUUCCGUUCGCUCACGCCAUCUGGCACGUGUUUGUGGCGCUGGCUGCCUCCAUCCACUACUACGCCAUCUGGAAAUACCUGUACCGCAGUCCCCUGCCCGAGGACAUCAGAGAUGCCUGAACACCUCUCCUCAUCCUUUCCUCUGACAUGCGUCUUUCUCACGCCACCUCUGUCUCACUCACGCCACCUCUGUCUCACUCACUCCAUGCUAACACCACAGUGAACGUCAACUAGCAAAGUUUACCAGUACGACCGUGCAAUGUUUACGGUUUUAUAACCAACCCGGAACCGUGCGUGUGUGUAGUACAGUACUGAAUGAACAAUGUGUGUGUGUUUCAUUUUUGUCAGUAUUGUGUAAAUAUUGUAGUGAAAACACUAUGAAUUGCUUUCUUGAAACGUUUGUAAUGAUUUGUGAGCAUUCUGACACACGCAUACACACAUUUGGUAUAAAUGCGUAUCUCAUGUAAUGAAUCAUUUUGAGAUAUUCAUGUUCUCUGGUUUAGUUUGCAGGACAUAAAGUGUAUUUUUGCAUCAAAACUCACUCACUUUUACCUCAGCCGGUUGUUUUCUACAAAGUGCUUGUGGUGUUUUCUACACUCUGGACGUUUUCUUCCCUCAUAUUCGGCUCCUGCACUUUCAGCAGAUUUGUGAAGUGUUGCGCAGGGCGUUUUUUUUCUGUGCUGCACUUUUGUAACGCAGAACCACUUUGAUAUUCAAUUUUUAUCAUGGGAGUGUGUUUGUGUUUGAGAGGGGUGCAAACUCGAAAUCAACUUUUGUAUUACAAUGUCAGCAGCUGGUGUUCAUGCACAGGCAGGUUUACAAAAUGUUACGGAUUUUUGCGGCCGCACGAAACACCUUGCCAUGUUUCUGAAAUCUGGCGGGAUUUAUAAUGACGAAAUAUUGAAAGAGUUACGAUCGGUUACGAUCUCGUGACAUAAAAGUCUAGGUUUCCUCACAAUACCAGAAGAAAAACACAGUUUGCAUCACAUUUAGCCUAUUUUUACCUUUUUGCAUUGGUGUUUUUUGCAGUUUUUCAAUAUUGGUGUGUGGUUUUUUAUAGGAUGAUGAUGAUUUAGAUUUUUAGUCACAUAACUCAUGAUAUUUCAUCAGCCAAAGCGCUUGUGAACAGUUGAACAAAUUUCACUAACUGGACUUUAUUUCCCAUGAUCCUCCUCACGUGCAUAGGCAUGAUGGGAAAUUAAGUGUAGAUUCUUUAAGGCCUCGGCAUCUUCAUUCCAAAGACCGUGUUGUGUUUCUCUUGCAUUUCUGCAGAAAACAUGUGUGACACUGUGAAUUGAAUCGGCUGUGAUCGGUUCAGUUUGAUCCUGUGAUCUGAUUUCAGAGCUCCGAUGAUGUUAAAGUGUAAAGCUGCAGCCGUGUCUGUUUUUUCUUGCGUAUUUAAAUGAAUGCUUCUGUGAAAUAUUUCACCGCGUUUCAUUUGUGAGAGUGUUUGGACUGCAUGUUUUUGAUGAACUGUACUCGGGGACAAACUGACUUUUGUAAAACUUUCUACAUCUGUUUUGGCACAUGAUUCUUCUGCAGUGGUCUUUUCCAGUCGGACUUUAAACUUCUGGCGCGUCUGCUGUUCUCAUACACACGGUGUUUUGGUGCUGGCGUCACGAGACUGUACGUGUCCAGGAUUUAAGUUUUAAUAAAACACAGCAGCAACAGAACUCGGAUUUCUCUGUUUGGUUUUCAAGUUGAGAUUUUAGAGGAUUUACUUCUGUAUGAUUUGGCAUGUGUUUCAGCAGAAUACAUUGACAUCCACCGUUAACAAAGAAGUAUACUUGAAUAUAUAUUCAAGUGUGCUAUACUUUAAAAAUAAAGCAUACUUUUCUAUUCAAUGUAUAAGUUACAUUUAAAUAUAUUUGGCUACUUGUACUUAAUCUGAACUACUUAAAGUGCAGUUAAAUUACAUAUUGAAACAUAGUGUGCUUAAAGUGCUGUAUAAAUAAUAUGUAACUAGUCAGUGUAUGGCAAGUUACUUUGAAAAAGUAAUUACUAGUUACUAAUUACAUAUUAAAUUGUGUAAUAGAUUACUGUACAAAUGACUCCAAAAAGUAUUGAAUUACUUAUUACUAAUUACUUUCUAUAUCCUACAUCAACUUUGAUUAGUUAAGUGAUUCAAGGAUAGACAUGAAAUGGCUCUUUUAAUUCAUUCAUAUAAAUAAACUACAUAAAGUAGUAUUAUUAACUGACCAUAGUAUUACAAAUGUGAGAAUUAUGCAUUAAAGCACAGAUUUUAAGUUAGACUUUGAAUUUUGAUGUCAAUUCCACUAUUGCUUAUUACACACAUUAUUUAGUUUAUUUACAUCAGAAGUAACUGUAAUUAAAUUACAGAAAAAAUAAGAGUAAUCCCUUACUUUACUUUUUCAGGGGGAAAGUAAUUAAAUUACAGUAGCUAUUUACUUAGUAACUAGUUACACCCAACACUGUAUAUAGUACACAACACUUCAGAACUAAAGGCAGCUUUUGAACUAAAGUUAAAAUUGGUGACAUUUUUAAAGUGAAAUCAAAUUGAACUACAUUUGUUGAACUUCAAACUGAACGUUAUUUGAACUUGAAUAUGUUAAACGGACUUAAAACAUGUUAGUUGAACUUAAUUCUACUUUAUUUUAUGCGUUUAAGUGACUUGUAAAGUCCAAUUUCAUUUAACUUAAAAACUAGUUCAGAAGCUGCCUUUAAUUCUGUGAUGUUAAUUUCACUUGAAGAAAACCUACAAGUAUAUUCAAAGCUACUGAACUAGUAGUUUAUUAAGAGUAUGCUUCGAAGUGUAUGUUCAUAAACUAAAAAUGUAAAUAAUGUUUACGUUAACUAAAAACAUAUUGCAAGUACAGUACAUUUAACUUACUAGUACAUUGAUAUUAGUUUACUACUAACAACCUAGUUCAUUAAAUGAACUUGACUUAUGUUUUGUAAGUGUGAGCUGAGCUCUCGGCAGGUAUCGUUUAUGAUUUUAAACUGAGGCUGAAUUUGCUCCACCAUCUUUUGUCCAUUUCAUCUUUUUUGUGUGUGUGAAUUAACAAAGUCCUACUCUAAAAGACUUAUAAAGUAUGAAAACUACACACAACCAAAUGACACCUCGAGAAGGACUUGAGAGAAAAACUGAAGACUUUAUUGGAUACUAAAUUUACAUUGAAGGAUUCCGUAGGUGGCAGCAGAGAGCACAGCUUUAGCUUUAUUCUUCAACGGCGUGACACACAAAAUCAAACAUCUCAUCUCAUUUCUCUCAUCAGUCUGUUUUUAGAGGUGUUGCCUUCAAUAUGGCGGUCACUGACGCACAGCCAGCGAGAAGCGUGAACGAAACCACUACGUUUAUAAAAAUGAAUCGAUCAAUCACUGUCUGAAUUCAGUGUGGGUUGCGUUUAUGAAUGUGUGAGAUGGGCCGUAAGGGUUGAGAUUUUAGGCUCAUAGCAUCUGCAUGAGCAGCGCCGUGAGCCCUUAUUUCCAUCCGAACAAAGUAAUUCAACUUUAAAACGAGUGUGUUGAUUCAAGGCACUGCACUAAAUUCUGCUUAAAUAUGGUUUUUCAUUCCUUUUAGAAUUGAGGUAGUGAAAUCUAGAAAGGGAGAUGCCACCAUGUUUCAAGAGUUUCACUGGUGUAGACUUCAACCGAGAACUAUUAAUGAAGAGUCUGGUUCCAAAAUGAGAUCAAUUUCAAAAAUCAUGUUUGUUUAUUAUGUUAUGUUUUUACUAAUUAACUGUAUUUUUUUAGUUAUUAUGGCUUAAAUCAAAACAAACCAACAGCAGUUUGAUUGAUAUUAAUUGGAACGCACAAUAAAAAAACAUGAUUUUUGAAUCUCAUUUUGGAACCAAACUCUUCAAAAACUCGCAAAGAUUACAAACUGAGGUCAAGUUUAUACAUUACAUCCCUAACAACCUUUUUUUUCAAGUGUGCUAUCAGUAUACUUCUUUCAAACUAAACAUAAAGUUGAUUUCUGAAAAGUGCACAAAUAGCAAACGGAAACCUCAUGUACUUCUCAUAAAAAAAAAAACUUUGUUGUAAUAUAUUUAUGUUUACUAGCAUUACACAUAAAGGUUACUUCAAAAUACACGUUUAUAAACUAAAAAAUGGCCAAUUUAGUGUCAAGUAAUAUUGACACGUGCGUGUCAUACAAAAAAGUAUGCUUCAAGGUUUACAUUUAUUUAUUGAGCAGAUGUGUUUUUAUACAAAAAUACAACAUAAUUUACAAGGGUAACCCUGCAUUGGAUGCAAUUCCACCGAGAUUGAUAAAUUCUUAAACUAGAUUAUAGCUGACUAUCUAAAUAACAAUGCCACUGAAAUAACUUUGUGUUUUAGCAGCUUUUGUUACUGCCUCAUGUACACAAUUGCGAUCCAAUGACCAAGUGUUUGAGUUUGCAUACAUGUUUGUGUAUAUUUUUGGCUUUAGACUAUAGUUACGACUCAAGAAAAUCAAGGCCACUCUCGUUUUCUUAGACGACCGUACCGAUGAAACACUGAAAGCUCAGGUGGCUCCUCCUCUCAUCCUCGGGGAGGUAUUUAAGGGGGCAUUAUACACAAGAAGUGUUCUGGCUUCAUCCUUGAUUUAUUUCACUUUUGUACAGAUGGAAACAGUCAUCUUGGGCUUUGCGCUACAGACAGAUAAACAAACAACAAAAUGAAAAGAACACAGGACAAAAAACAGCGCCAUUACUUCCAACCCUCGACAAAAAUAAAUCUGUACACAUCUUAUUAAACUUUGGCCUAAACAUCGGCAGAUGGAGACUUUCAGAUUCACCGUUGACAAUGAAGUCAUCACCGUGCGCAAGAAUUAAUCGCUGACCUAAGAUCAGCCGUCCCUGCCUUAAACCCUGCAUCCUUAUCAGCCGUUAUGAUGGGUUUAGUAUGUGUUCAGUAUGGAAAACAAGCAUACUUCCUACUGCACAUACUGGUGAAGUAUGCGAUUCCAAACACAGCGUGACUCCAUUGACAACAAGUCUUUUAACAUUCAAAGCAAGCGAAAGCUCUCUAAGCUGCCUUACCGAACAAUCAUUGACGACAUCUGCAUGACAGAGA